UUCUGGAAGUAUCAGUGGGCGGGGUCUUCCUGUUCCGGGGGCUAAUCAGUGUUUAAUGGGGUUUCUUAGCAACGCUUUCCCGGCUCUCCCCGCGGUGUUGGCGCUGUGGUGCUUUGCAUGAGAAGCUCUGUAUGGGAGGCUAGUGUUGUAUAUAGAGCGUCCGUCACCUGUUCAGCCUUAGCCGUCCGCUGGGAAGACAAGCCAACAUGCUGCUCGGUGUUAUGGAACACAGCUAGUUAUGAGUGUGCCGCCAGUGCUGUGCGUGCAGAGUAUGAGAACAGCCCACAACCUGUAAACUCUCCGUUGUGUGCCUGCAGCAUCCCUCUCACACUGCUGAUCCCUCCUAGGGAGAAAGAUAGCCAAUAAAGAUGGCUCCUGCUUUAGAUUGGGGGAAGCUCAUGAAAGUGGAUCCAGAUGUUCUUCCCAAUCAAGAAAGAUUGGCAGAAAAGAUGUUGAAAACCUUAUCGCAGGUGACUAGCACAGACUUAAAAGGGGAGACGAAUGAAAAUUUGAUACAGAUUUUUCGAAUUACACAGUCUAUAAUGAAGAUGAAAUCUCAGGAGGUAGACCUUGCCUUAGAAGAGGCAGAAAAGGCAGGAGAAGAGCAAGCCAAAACUGAAAAUCAACUAAGGAGUAAAAUCAAGCAACUGGAAAAUGAAAUUGAGAUGGCACAGCUGUCUACCGGAACUAGGGAUUCACGUUUUUUACGGGAAGAAAUUCAUCAACUUGAAGAACAGUUGGGACAGAGAGAGCGGGAACUGAAAGACAUGAGAAAAGAGCUAGAAAAAGAGAAACAAGUUAACGAAAAACUGGCUCUCCGAAAUGAAGAAACCGAUAAUGAAAACAGCAAAUUAAGAAGAGAGAAUGAACAACUACGACAAGAUGUUAUAGACUGCCAGAGACAGAUUGAUUCCCAGAGGGAAUCUCUUAUGUCCCGUGGAGAGGGUCAAGACUACAAAACUGUCAUUUCAAAGAAGAACAUGGAGCUGGUACAAUACCUUAAUGAGAUACAGAGCUUGACUGAGGCCAAUGAAAGGCUGGAAAGCCAAAACGAAGAAAUGACAAAACACAUGGAAGAAUCUGUACAUGAAAUGGAGAAAAUGACCGAUGAAUACAGCAAAAUGAAACUCAUGGUACAACAUACUGACAGUGCUAUGGACCAGCUGAGGAAGGAGAAGGAGCAAUACAGGCUCCAGGUUAUAGACCUAACAGAACAGCUGAGGGCAAAGAACGAGGAAGAUGAUCCGGUUAUGAUAGCAGUUAAUACAAAAGUAGAAGAAUGGAAAAGAAUAUUGGCAUCUAAAGAUGAAGAAAUUAUGGCGUGUCAACAAAUGGUUCACAACUUGAGGGAAAAAUUGAAGGUUGCUCAGAUGGAUGCAGACAAGAGCAGCGUUCUUGCUCUCCAACAGGGUGUGCAGGAGAGGGAUAACCACAUUAAGAUGCUCACUGAUCAGUUGGAGCAGUAUACAAAGGAGAUGGAAUCUCAUUCCAUACACAUUGAAAAUCUGAAGCAACAAUUAAAGAUAAAUAAAGGAGAUCCUCAGCAUUAUCAGUCUGGGGAGUUUCAAGCAAAACUGCAGCUCAUGGAUCAAAAACUUAGAGAAGCAGAACGUGUUGCAGAAUUGGCAGAAAAUGAUGCCCGGCAAAAAGACAAAGAUCUGGUUGAUGCCCUGAACCGGAUGAGAGACUAUGAAGCGGGAGUUUAUGGCUUAGAAGAAGCAGUUGCUGAAAUUAAAGAUCUAAAGACUCAAAUUAACUUAAGAGAUCGGGAAAUCGAGGCGCUGACUACAGAUGUUAACAGACUUGAACUUAAAGUGAAUGAUGUUCUUGAUGAGAAUGAAGAUCUAAGGGAACGAUUAGGACUUGAUCCUAAAGCUGUGAUGGAUUUAACUGAAUUUAAAAAUGUUAAGACUUUCAAACAGCAGCAAUACAGAGCGGAAAACCAGAUUCUUUUGAAAGAAAUUGAACGUCUGGAGGAAGAACGAGUUGAAUUAAAGCAGCAUGUUCGCAAACUGGCUCAAGAGAAAGGAAAGAGAGCUGCUUCUCUUGGAUUAACGGCUGAUGACUUGUUCUUGAAUGGAAGUUCCACUACAGACCCCAGUUUUAGACCGAGAGAUUCCAGUUUUGUUGUCCUGGAUAAAACGGGCGAAAUUAGGGAAAAGAAUGACCUUUUGUCCAAAGAAUUAAAUAACAAAGAAAGAGAACUUGAAAGAAGCAAAAAUGUUGUUGUUGAAUUAAAAUCCAAAUUCAAAGAGCUAUCUGAAGAAAACAAGCAACUCCAAAAAGCAAUGGGGGAAAUCCUACAAGCCAUUAAAGACUCUCAGAAAGAUCCCAACAUAAAAGGAGGUGAAGCAACUCUAAUUAUUCCCAGUCUGGAACGACUCGUUCAUGCUUUUGAGAUGAAGAAUACCAGUGGUAUAUUUGAUGCCAGUGUUCAUCUGAAGGCCCAGGUGGAUCAACUCACUGGAAGGAAUGAGGAGUUAAGACAGGAACUCAAAGGAUCUCGAAAGGAGGCUGCAAAUGCAUCGAACUUGCUGGCAAAAGUUAAUGACAAGAUAUUACAUCUGGAGAAUGAAACUCUACUUCUGCGUCAAUCGGAAGGAGCAAACAUAGUGUUCAGGGCUAUAAACCUUCCAGAUGGAAUGUCUCCUUCCAGCACCAACAUCAUUAACUCGCUGAAUGAGUACCUCUUGCACUUGUUACAGGAAAUUGAAUCCAAGGAACAAUCUGUUUUGAAGUUUGAAGAAGCUAUAGAGGAAUACAAGAGGAAAAAUGCUGUGAUACGACAUCAACAGGGGCUUAUCUAUAAGGAGUAUCAGAGUGAGAAAGAUACCUGGCAGCAGGAAAUUGAGAAGAUUAAAGAAGAUAAUUCAAAAUUGGAAAGUCAGAAAGAACAGGAUGCAGUACAAAUAAAAGAAUACAUGAAAUUGUUAGACUCAUUAAAAAUGGGUCCAGAUGAAAUAAAAAAAGUGCUGGCAGAAAACUCAAGAAAGACGACCGUAUUAAGAGUAAAUGAAAAGUCACUAACCAGGCGAUACACAACUUUACUGGAAAUGGAACAGCACCUGCGGAAAGAAAAUGGCAAACUCAGGGAUGAAAUAUCAGACAUGGAGGCUGCAGUAGGGGAAAGAAUUGGGUACCUGCAGAGGUAUAAGGAAAUCGCUGCUUUCAAAAUGGCGGCUUUACAAAAAGCCCUGGAUGACAGUGUACCCUUUUCAGAGUUGGAAAUGGCCAAUAAACAGUACUAUGAUCUAACUGCCAAAUAUAGAGAUAUGCUGCAGAAGGAUAAUCUGCUUGUACAAAGGACAGCAAAUUUAGAGCAUUUGGAGCAUGAAAAUACAUCCUUAAGAUCGCAGAUCACUUCUUAUAUUGGAGAACUGGAAAUCACUAAAGAAAAACUGAAUACACUUGAGCAAGCCUGGGAACACAUAGGUGCAUUGGGAGGCAAUUCUGCAAUGGAUAAAGCUGUUAAAGCGAUUACCAAUAAUGAAAUAGUGUCCAUUUCCAAAAAAAUCACAAUGCUGGAAAUGAAAGAGCUAAAUGAAAGACAAAGAGCCGAGCAUUCCCAGAAAAUGUAUGAACACUUGAGAACUACCUUGAAACAAGUGGAAGAACGUAACUUUGAACUGGAGUUCAAGUUUGCUGAGCUUACUAAAGUUAAUCUUGAGGCACAAAAAGUGGAGCAAGCACUGAGAGAUGAGCUUGCAAAUAGUGUGAGUAAAGUAGUGUAUGAAGCAGAUCGGAGGAGAAUACUCGAGCUGGAGAAGAGUGAAGCAGAACUCAAAGUGGAGGUCUCCAAAUCACGCAGCCUUUCUGACAUUGCCAAAGCACAAAUCUCCACAUUAGUUAACCGCCAGCAGUCAAGAGAAAAGGAAGUGGAGUCUCUGCGGAAACAAGUCUUGGAUUUCCAGGAUCAGAGUAAUGAGAAAGCACUGAUUGCAACAUUACACCAGCAAAUUGUAGCUCUUCAAGUCAGUGAAUCAACGGCUGUAGCAAAGUUGGAAGCAACAACUACCAAACUGCACAAAUUGGAAGCCUACAGUUUACGUUUAGAACAGAAGUUAGAUGAUAAAGAGCAGGCAUUAUAUUAUGCCCGUUUAGAAGGCAGAAACCGAGCCAAGCACCUUCGCCACACGAUUCAGGCACUGAGGAGGCAGUUCAGCGGUGCACUUCCAUUAGCCCAACAGGAGAAAUUCUCCAAGACAAUGAUGGAGCUGCAGAGUGACAAGAUGAAGACUGUUAAUGAAAUGCAGCUUGUGCAACAAGAACAGAGGGAUAUUGAGACCCGUGCCUUAGAGCUAGAGCUAAAGCUAAAGGGCUUGGAAGAGCUUAUUGCCACCCUUAAAGAUGCUAGAGGAGCUCAGAAGGUUACAGAAUGGCACAAGAAAAUGGAGGAAGUGCGUCUGCAGGACCUGAAACGAACUCGUGAGUUAAAUCAGAAGAAAGAAGAAAUGAAAUAUUUGAAUACUGUCAUGUCUGAACAGGAGCGAACAAUUACCAAUCUGGAGGAAGAGCUUGUUCAACAAGGCAAGUUUCAUGAGGAACGUCAAAUGGCCUGGGAUCAAAGAGAGGUGGAACUUGAGCGUCAGCUAGAUAUGUAUGAGCAGCAACAACAUGAAGUGCUUAUCACUGCACGGAAGUUUGAAGAAGCUACUGGAGAAAUGCCCGAUUCUAGUCUACCCCUCCCACAACAACUUGACCUAGCACUGCACAAAAUAAAAGAGCAUGUGCGCACCAUCCUGGAAACCAAAACCAUAUGCCAAACAUUACAAGAGAAACUUAAAGAAAAAGGAGCUCUCCUCUGGACAGCUGAGCAAAAUGUUUUGAGUCGUGACAAAGUGAUAAAUGAACUGAGAUUGCGAAUCCCUGCAGUCAUAGACAGAGAGAAGCUGCUAUCCGAGUUUAACCAAAAAGAAGAGGAUUCAGAGAUGCGCCAGGCCUUAAAAGUUGCUCAUCAAACGAUUGAGAAUAUGCAAGCUCGACUUAAUCAAAAAGAAGAAGUUGUUAAGAAAUAUCAACAUCUUUUAGCAAAAGCACGAGAGGAACAGCAAGAGAGUGCAAAAAAGCAUGCAGAGGAUCUUAAAGCGCUACAUCUGAAGCUGGAUGUACAUUCAGAUGCCUCACUUAGCAAAUUUAAGGAGGCUGCUCUGGAGCUUGUGAAGAGACCCACUCUGGACGUCCCAUCCACAGCUCACUUACUGCGCCUAGCAGACAUGGAGCAGACAGUGGCUGAACAAGACAACUCCCUGUCUGCCCUCUCCAGCAAGCUGAAGAAUUCCACCGCAGAACUGGAGUACCAGAAGCAGAUACAUCUGGCUAAAAUGAGUGAACAGGAAAACCAUAAAGCCAGGCUUGAAGAGAAUUACAUUAUGGAGAUCAAAAAACAUAAGAGCGAAGCUGAGACACUAAGAGCACGGGUGUCUGAGAUGGAAAAGGAAAUUAAUUACUUGAAUACUGAACUUGAAGCCCAAAAAGAGGCAAACACCAGAGCUCCAACUGCAACAAUGAAGAAUCUUGUGGAACGCUUGAAGAACCAAGUAUCCCACAAGGAAAAGCAGCAGAAGGCUUUAAGCAAAGCUCUGCUUGCUCUUCGGGCAGAAAUGACUGCUCAUGCUGAACAGCAGAUUAUUUCCGCUGCAGCACAAAAGGAGGACAAUUUAAACAUUCAGCAGAUUGUUGACAGACAGACCAAAGAUUUAAAGGCACGGAUUGAAGAUUUAAAUGAGCUACAACUAAAGCUUAAAGAGGCCCUAAAAACUAGCAAGGCUAGAGAGAAUAACCUCACAGAAGACCUUGAAAACCUAAACCAAGAGUUGCGAACAAAGCAGAAAACCCUUAAUAAGCAACAGAAGGAAAAAGAUGAAGUAGACAAGGAAAAUGAGGAACUGAAAAAAAGGGUGAAACGUUUGAUGAGCAGCGUACAGAGCAAGUCCGAUCUGGACAGUAAACAGAGCAUGAUAGAUGAGCUUCAGAAGAAAAUUAAAAAGCUUGAACUGGAGUUGGAGAAGAAAAGUGAAGAAGCCGAAAGGAAACCUGCGCGAGAAGAUAAGAGCUCUAAAGAUGAGAUAAUUAGGUGGGAAGAAGGCAAGAAGUGGCAAACUAAAUUAGAAGGACUGCGCAGCAAACUACGUGAUAAAGAAAAAGAAGCAGAGUCUCUGACAAAACAGCUGACAACCCUGAAAGAGCUUUAUUCCAAAGCUGACCAGGAAAAAUUAAUACUGCAAAGGAAACUGAAAUCUCGCGGGGUUACUGUGGAUCAAGUAGUUGGGGCCCGAACAGUCGAAUCUGAAAAAGAGAUUGAAGAACUCAGAAAAAAAAAUAGUGACUUGGAAAAUGAGAUUGCUUACAUGAAAACAAAGCAGGCGUUACCUCGUGAUUCCAUAGUAGAUGAACUGCACUUAAAAAAUCGAUAUCUGCAAGAGAAGCUUCAAGCACUAGAAAAUCCGCUCUCAAGGGAAAAUCUGUCCAGGCCCUCUACAUCCGGUGUAGGGUCAGAAGAUCAAUCCUCAAGAGAGCUGGAACUUCAGAAAGAGAACCUGAGAUUAUCUGCUGAGAAUGUCGAGCUGCAUUUCCAGCUGGAACAAGCAAACAAAGACUUGCCACGUUUAAAGGAUCAGAUUGCAAAUUUAAAAGAAAUGUGUGAAGUUCUCAAAAAAGAUAAAAUAGAAGCUGAACGUAAACUUGGAAAUGUCAGAGGCUCUGGAAGAAGUGGAAAGACUAUGCCAGAGCUGGAGAAGACUAUUGGUCUGAUGAAACGAGUUGUGGAAAGAGUGCAGAAAGAGAAUGAGGAUCUAAAGAAGGCCCCAGGUGUUGUGACAAAUGAGAAAUUAUCCAAUCUAGAACUGGAAAACGAAAGACUAAAGUCUGAACUUGAAAAGCUGCAGCUGCAUGUGGGUGGACAGCUAAGUAUGAGAUAUGAAGCAAAGACGAAAGGCAUUGAAAAAGUAAUUGUGGAAAAUGAGAGACUUCGUAAGGAACUGAAAACGGAAACUGAAACAUCAGAGAAGCUGCGGAUAGCAAAAAGAAAUUUAGAGGUGAUCAAUGAAAAACUGACUACAAACCUAGAAGAAUUGAGAAAUAAAUUGAGUUUGGCUGAAAGCAGAGGGCCACAACUUGAAGGAGCAGAUGGAAAGGCCUGGAAAUCAGUUGUUGUAAGCAAGAUGUAUGAAACCAAAAUGAAGGAGAUGGAAACUAAAUUUAUAAAGAAAAAUGACAGCAUUGUUGAUCUGAAAAGGCUUUUGAAAGAAGCAACUGAGCGUGAACAUAAAAACGAACAAACCAUUCAACACCUAAACGAAGUGGUUGAGCUUCUGAAGCACUUUCCUGAAGAUGCAAAGACAGACCAAGGCAUCACAAGAGAGUUUCAGAUUCUCCGAUUAGCCAAUAAACGCUUGGAAGAUGAAAAAUCCCAGCUGAUUCACCAAUUGGAAAUGCGCAAACAGAGAAACGGUAUAUCAGGGUCUGAUGAGGUACUUGAACAAGAGAGAACACACAACCUGAUGGCAGAAGUCGUGGAUCUGCAAACACACAUAAAGACUUCAGAUUUGGAGAAACAGCACUUGAAGGAAGAGAUCAAAAAGUUGAAAAAUGAGCUUGAACACUUUGACCCUUCGUUUUUUGAAGAGAUUGAAGAUCUAAAGUAUAAUUACAAUGAAGAGGUUAAAAAGAAUAUACUGCUGGAGGAAAAGCUUAAAGCUCUUUCAGAGCAGUUUGGGGUUCAUGUAGACUUUCCAGGUAAUGUGGAUUGCUGAAGACGAUAACUUCCAGAAAGUUAUGGGUUCAGCACUAUGACUUACACUAGCAGGAAGGUAACCUGCAAUUAUAUCAACUGUAAGACACCUUUUAGUACACACCAACUUCCAAAUGGUUAAAGAGCAAUAAAUGAGAGCUUUAUCAAGCAUGUUGUGUGCAUUUAAUACUGCCUCUCAUUCAGGACAGAAUCUUCUGUAGGUGGUGUGUGCUUUUGCCAACCUUGUACUUGCAAUCCUGGACAGCUGACUAGAACAGUUAGUCAAUUUUUUUUUGUAUAUUUUACUACUUAACAAACCACAUAAAUUGAAAUUGGUGUAAACACGUUACUAUUGGUUGGAGGCGAACAAUUCUCUCUUUGCACUUGUUUUGUAUGCCCUAAAACUGGCCAUAGAUGGAUAGAAAAAUCAAGCCAAAAUUCUCAGAAUAUUUUGUUUUGGAUGGAAAUGGUGGUGAAAAAAAACAGGUCUCAAUAUUUCAAUAAAAGAUGUCACAUUGCUUAAUUUAUACUAGAUUGCAGUUUUAUGCUGUAUCUACUACUGUAAUGAGCGCUUAUUUUUUAUUUAUUUUUUUACUAAAGAAAAUCUCACUGUCAGGAUUUUGGAUAGUUUUAAUUUAUACAUCUCUGUACAUAUAAUAUAUUGUAGGUUUCUUUUAGAUGCAUUUGUAUAGAGAAGACUUUUUAUACUUUAAUGAAAUAAAAAAAAUUCACAGAAA